AUGAGUCAUGAGGAUCACGCUUUGAGUCAUGAGGUUGAGUUGGUGCUAGAAGCCGUGGCUUGCCGGAUCGAGAGCCCUGCCCAUCAGGAAUGCUGUCAGAUCAGCCGCGUGCCGGUGUCCAUCUACCCUCUGGUGAUUGCCGAUGACAAGCGGGACUUCGACACUGACAUGGCAGAAGCCUGGGUGUUUACUGCCCGAGUGGCAGUGACGACAGUGGCCGGUUGGAUUUCGCACAGCGGAGGCCAGCUGUUUGUGGCUUUCGUCUGGCCUGGUCUGCGGGACAAGAACUUCGGCAAAUGGUGUGUAUCUGGCAAGGGCUGCGCCCAGUCGGAUGCCGUGCAUCCCUUGGACACGCAAUUGCACAGCGACGAUUGGCAUGUGGUGCCCGUCAGCGACUUCGACGCCAUCUUCGAGGCUCCUGGCGCGAAGCAGGUCUCGACAACGAAGCGCAAACCCCCUGCGCUUAUUAAGUUCGGCGCCUCCGACCCGGAGUAUUCGCCAGAGUGCAAGGACGAGUCGAUUCCCGGGACGCGCACGUUUUCACUGGCCAAGAUGAACGCCGAGGCCCAAAAUCUGGACGACGAGAAUCCGUGCAAGUAUGUUUAUGGCGUGCCUCCGACCAACUCCGACGGGGACAAUGCGGACGGCAUGACCAGUUGGAUGGAUGAUCUGGCCGGGAACGUCGGACCUGGUCAAGGAGGCGUGACCUACAAGUCGGUGAAAGAAUGCGACGACCGCGACGGCGAUCGGGCGAUGCAGAUGGCCAAGUGGAGCAAGAAUCACAACUAUGGCAGCAUGGGCCUCGGCUACGCGAAGGACUUGGUGGAUGCUUUUAUAAAUGGCAUGCCCGAAGUUGAGACUGCACCAGUGGGCAUCGGAUUCGAAUCUCAGCCUGGCGCGGUCGCGACCCUCGCAAGUACCAUCUGGUUCGGCACGACUCAGCUGCGCUUGGACAUGUCGCAGCAGGCGCACGAGUGGCGCUACGAGAAGGCUGGAGCUGGUGAUUGCGGUGCUCUUCAGCACGGCUUCGCCCGGACCUUCUGCGACCUGCACUGCAUCCGCGAAGCUGUGAGAAAGGGUGAUGAGGCCAUCCUAAGAGCGGUGGAAGAAGCCGUGGAAGUCAUCGGCAAGAAUACGCAGAUCCUCCUUGAGCACUACGUUGGGGGCGAGUCAGGAUCACUGGUCCAGGAGGGCACUGAGAUCCGCCGCGGCCUGGCAGCUCAGCUCGCAGAGCUCAUGGCCACGGCCCAGGAGGCCGCCCUGCAGCCACGCGCCUCCCAGGCCGCUGAGCGCGCCGUGCGGAGCUUCGCCGGGCGCUGGCGAAGCGUCGAAGGUGGCAAUGCUUCGGAGAGUUUGGCCUCGCUGCGCGCCAUGGCCAAGGAUACCUCGGAGCUCCACGCGACGGUAAUGCUGGUGAAAGGCCAGAGGUUUUCCAAAGUUGAGGAGGUGCAGCGGAACGCCCUGGAAACGGCGUCUCGAACGAACGACUUCCUCAAGGCGCAAGUUCAUGAGCUUGGCCUUUACCGCCACACUGCCAGACGGGGCAAGAUGGUGCAACGCUGGUUCAAGCAGCACUGGCAGAACAAGUUCUCAAUGCUCGAUGAGUUUCAGGACUUGAGUGUUGCCCAAGCUAUGCAGACCUUUGACACCUCUUGGUGGGAGAUCCGUCGGGAGCUGGAUGCGUAUCUUGAGGCGGCGACCGAGCAAGCACGCGUCAUGAGCUCUGCCGUGGAUGCCCUGAGAGGAUACACUGGGAAAUGCCAGACAAGCUUCGAGCAGCUCAAGAGCUCCUACGCUGCGUCGGUGCGGGCCGACAGGAAGGCCCACGCUGUGCUGAAGAAGACGUGGUCCGACGUGGUUUUCCAGGCAGGGCUGAUGGCAUCAAAGAUUACUGACGCCGGAUUGCUGGAUCGGCUUGCGUUGGCAGACAUCAAGGCAGCCAAGCAGCCCACCUUGGACAAGGCGCAGCUGCUCGGGUUCUGCAGCGGCAGCGAUGUUGCAGCCUUUAAGCUCAUGCAUGCCCACCUGGCUGAGGUGACUGGGCAGGGGCUCCUGGGGCAGACGCAGCAGCAGAUUGGGAUUCUUUUCCUGGAGAUGGCCAUGCUCCGGCACCGUUUCCGGACGGGAGGUCUCGGCGAGGCCCCCAAUGCGGAGGUGGCUGAGGAGGCGGAGGAGCGCUUGGCUGAUGCCCUGGAAGGCGCCCGGUCCGGCGCAAACCACUUGGCUGCAGACCUUGUGCACCAUUGGCGAAGCUACCUCUGUGAACGUUGA